GAGAGAGAGAGAGAGAGAGCAUCAGUUUCUUUAUCCUGUAAUGCAAGUCUGUUGCCCAAUUUCACUCACAAAGGCCGUUGACGGAGAAUAAUUACUGGUCUAUCGGGCAGAAUAAUUCUUGAUUAUUUUAUUUUAUCUCCAACUACUUGUAUAAAUUUCUUUUUGAAGCAAGCAACUCCCCUAAGACAAAUGGCGCCAAGUCAAUAGUCAUUUCCCAGCUUGAUGUAAAUGACUAUAACCCUAUAUAAGAUUCCUCUAAUGGGUUCCCGAGAUAGGCCAGAACUAUACCCUUAUCUCAUCCCUUCCUUCCCAAACUUUCUCAUCCUGUGCUCUGACAUUUUCUUAAACCAGAAAGCUGCCUACAUAUGAUUUUCACUGAAGGUAGAAUCUGUUAAUAGAGAACUUCUCACAUUGAAGAUAUCAGCAGAACUGAGAAUGUGGGCGUUGAGCAUUGGAGCUUUGAUCAUUAUAAGCAUCACACACUGGGUCUACAGAUGGAGAUAUCCCAGAUGUGAUGGAAACCUUCCGCCAGGUUCAAUGGGGUGGCCACUUCUAGGCGAGACCCUUCAGUUCUUCACUCCAAACACAACUCAUGACAUUGCUCCAUUCAUCAAAGAGAGAAUGGAGAGGUAUGGGGCAAUAUUUCGUACCAGUUUGGUUGGUCGUCCAGUUGUAGUAUCGACCGACCCGGAUUUCAAUUACUUCAUCUUUCUAAAAGAAGGGCAUUUGUUCGAGAGCUGGUAUCCAGACACCUUCACGGAGAUCUUUGGGCGACAGAAUGUCGGUUCUUUGCAUGGUUUUAUGUACAGGUACCUCAAGAACAUGGUGCUCUAUCUCUUUGGCCCAGAAAGCCUCAAGAAGAUGCUCCCUGAAGUUGAGGAAGUUGCAAUUCGAAGGUUAGAGCAGUGGUCAAAUCAGGGCAAAGUCGAAGUAAAAGAUGCAACUGCAAGUAUGAUAUUUCAUUUGACAACAAAGAAGCUGAUAAGUCAUGACUCGGAGAGCUCGUCAGAGAAUCUGAGAGCGAAUUUUGAUGCCUUUAUAAAGGGAUUGAUUUCCUUUCCACUAAAUAUGCCUGGAACAGCCUAUCACAAAUGUCUACAGGGCAGGAAAAACGCAAUGAGAAUGCUGCAGAACCUAAUGCAAGAAAGACAAGCAAUGCCCAGAAAGCAGCCAAGUGACUUUUUUGAUUAUGUCCUGGAAGAACUUCAGAAAGAGGGAACAAUACUCACGGAGGGAAUCGCUCUGGAUUUAAUGUUUGUGCUACUUUUUGCCAGCUUUGAAACCACAUCAUUGGCUCUUACACUAGCCAUGAAGUUUCUUUCAGAUCAUCCCAGGGUGCUGAAGCAACUCACGGUCUGUAAAAUUCUACCUUUUUGGCUCUACUGUAUAAGUGAACCAAUAGCUCUUAAGUGCUGGCGAACUUUCCCUAAAUCCUUAUGCUUAUGGCAGGAAGAGCAUGAGACCAUUCUUAGGAAAAGGGAUGACGCUAGUUCCGGACUUUCAUGGAAGGAGUACAAAUCAAUGACAUAUACAUUUCAGUUCAUAAAUGAGACAGUAAGACUAGCAAAUAUAGUUCCAGGAAUCUUCCGAAGAGCACUAAGAGACAUCCAGUUCAAAGGUAUGUACAACAGUAUCGCUAGGCCUUCUAAUAUAACUAGGCUAAUAAAUUCAUGCACAACUGGACGAAGCAUAAAGCUCAAUGUUAAUGCAGGAUACACCAUACCAGCAGGAUGGGCAGUUGUGGCAUGUCCACCAGCUGUACACUUAAACCCCAUGAAAUAUGAAGAUCCUCUUUCAUUCAAUCCAGAAAGAUGGGAGGGAAUUGAAGUGAAUGGUGCAUCUAAACAUUUCAUGGCUUUUGGUGGUGGUAUGAGAUAUUGUGUUGGAACAGACUUCACUAAAAUCCAGAUGGCCGUCUUUCUUCAUUGCUUGGUUACUAAGUACAGGUGGCAAAUAAUCAAGGGAGGCAACAUUGUUCGAACCCCUGGUCUACAAUUUCCAGAUGGCUUUCACAUUCAGCUCAGGAAGAAAGAUGCAUUGAAUCUGGAAGAUGCAUAAAGCUCCAGAAUAGCAAAAUUAACACUUCAAGCACAUGUCAUUGUUAUGUGCGAGCAUUAAGCGGGUGCAAACUGAGGGAAUAUGCUCCAAUCAGAUUGCUUGAAGAGCCGACGAAUAGGAAAGUGUAGCAAGAAGAUUGCAAAAUACACGGAAGCAAGAAUCUAUCAGUCUUUUCGACAAAGAUCAAUCGAUGAUUCAGACAUUGUCUUUUUUUUUUUUUUUUUUUUAACUUUCAUCUUGUUCAAGAGAAAUAAAGAAAAAGUAGGAGGAACAUGUGACUUCAAUCACUUAGCAAACUUGUUCAUUGAAAAUUUUUCUUGCAAAACACAUUACCUCUGUCAAUCUUUUUGGCCGAGACAACAUAUCUCCAUCUCCAAAUAGAGAGUUUGCAGCUCGUCAUCCUUUCUCCCACGUUCUCGCCCUGCCUGAAAGAAGAGUUAGACAAAAGAAAUGACGACAUGGACAUCUAGUCACUUCACCUAUAAACUUGAACAAGAGAUAAGAAGAUAGUUAUUCUCGUAAUACAUGUACUCCCUCGCUAAUGCGAUGCGGAUCCCGCCCAUGUAA